AGAUCUUUAAUACUUUUGCUUACAGCAUAUAUGUUCUAUAUUUGUAUCCACAUAUAUAUUCAGUCAUUUGGUUUUGUGUUGUGUCAAUAGACGUUGCCAAUAUCUGAACAAAAGUUGAAUAAAUGACCCUCCACUGGAACUAUCUAGCUUUAUGGCUGUUAUGUAUUGUGGGCGCGUUACAGCCCAUAAAAUCAAGUGAAUACAUAGGCAGGCCCUUUCCGAGACACGACAAAUGGUCGCAGGCGAUUAAGGGGGACUAUAUACCGAUGCAAUUUUACGAAGCGAUGCGAUCAGCGGAGGACUCCAAGCAAGCUUUUCAAAAUCAAUUGAGGAACUUCAAAGAGCAUCUUCAGAGAAAUCUGACUAUGUCAAAUGUUCUUUCGCUCGGACAUGAAAAUCAGCUAAACACACAGCAUCAGAGAACAAAGUUACACGAAUUGUCCGAGUUCUUCUAUGCAGCUGCUGAUGCAGCUAGAAUAUUUGCACGAGAUUCCGAAACUUCCUACGAAGUUGCGAAGAACUCAAGCUAUACGCUAUUGCUGCAGCUUCGACAGAUUCCAUCGACGCAGCCGAUUCCAGUCAAAAUGCAUCUAACUAAUUAUUUUGCAGAAAUGGAAUUCUUUCACAUCAUGUUUUCCGAGAUCAUUGACGAAGCCCUAGAAUAUACGCAAAACAUUUUACUCGCUACCCAAAAGACCUUCACAUACUACGCCGAUGUCCAGCGAUUCGUUCUGCAGAAUUGGAACUUUAAGGGCGACGUGGGCUGCUGUCAGGAGUAUAUGGAGUUCCUGAAGCACUAUUCCGACCAAAUCUUCAAGUGCGCAGCCGGACGUGGCCUCAACGUCGCAUUCGAUGUGUUCGCAAUGACCGAGCUGACGAGCAAAUAUAUUAUGCGACAGCUCGAAUUUCGUAUUCAAAGGCUUUUCAACUGUCUUUAUUUGGGAAGUUAUGAAAUCCGAUGCAAAUUUCUACUAAAUGCUGAAAAAGAUUUCGAAAUGUUGUUCACCAAAAUUGAGGAGCUCGAAAUAUUCUAUGACCUCAGAAUGAAAAAUGGACGAGUAUCAGCCCUUCGACAACGACGCCAAAACCACAUUGAAGAGGCGGCGCCAACUGGAGUUAAAGCACUGGACAAUUGUAUUCCGCUCGACUUUCCACGCAGCCAAAUGCAUAAAAGUUUAAAGCAAUGUUUUUAUAGCAUAACAGAAUAUUAAUCUAUUUUUGUUUUUAUAUACAUAUAAUACA